ACUCAUACACACACACACACACAGGGACCUCUAACGGCGGCGCUCAAGGGCACCCGAGCUCAGCGCGUGCACACUUCUCUCUCCCCUCACCUUCAGCCGCGCGUGACCUACGCAGUGACCACGCUGUGCUCGCGUGUGGAGACCUCGUGGGAGACGUUGCGGACGUUGCGUGUGUGUGUAUGUGAUUGUGUGUUUGCGUGCAUGCGUGCGUGGCGGUGCUUCAGAGGAUCUCGAGCUGUUCUCGCAUGAUGUACACAAUAACGCGCGGCCCGAGCAAACUCGUGACACAACGCAGAACAGGUCCCACACAGCCGCAGCAAACUGACCUGAAGCACAAACGGAGCCACUGGCUUGAGUCCAACUCUCCUGCCCCUAAAAUAGUAUUUCAGCGCCUCAACACAAAGCGCUUUCUCAGAUCGACCUCGCCGAAGGAGGAAGACACUGCCGAAGGCUUCACGCCGGCACACGAGGAGAACGUGCGAUUCGUCUAUGAAGCAUGGCAGGAGGUGGAGCAGAAACUUGGUGAAGGAGCUCAGACGGAGAACGGGAAAGGGCCGGUGCAGUACGCCGAGAGGAAUCCCAACCCCAGCAUGAAGAACUUUGUGCCUAUCGAUCUGGAGGAGUGGUGGGCUCAGCGCUUCCUGGCCACCAUCGCCAACCCGUCAUGACUGGUGUAGACCUGAGGAGGAGCAGUGGGGGAUUGUGGGAGCUGGACUGGGUUUUUGGAGAAUGUAUGUUUUGUGGAG